AAAAAUGUGGUGAAAGCUGCAGAAGUAGGAGAAUGGCAGCUGGGAAGAGGGUAAAUAUGCGAGGGAGAGAGAGAAUAAUAUAGAAAGAAUUGGUGCAUCGUGAGGCGGAGGAGAGAGUCGGCAGGAAAUGAAGCCGGGUAGUAGGCGAAAGCGAUACAGUUGUUCUUUGUUGCUACAUUGUAAGCCAGCGCUCACUGAGUGAAGAGUGAAUCCGGAUCCCGCACGGUGCAGCACAGCUCCAGGGCCAGAGAUGUCUGCACAUCACCCUGGAGGAGAGCGGGAGACACAAAGCCUGUAUUCCAGCGGCAAGAACCACAAAUCAAAUCAAUCUAAUCCUGCCUUCUCAAACUGUCUAGAAAGGGAAAUCAAGUUCUUAAAUUCCCAAUUGUUAAGGAAACUGAAAAUAAUCAGUGUUUUUCUGCGUGGGUGAUUUUAAUUAAGUGGCACAGGAAUAACUGAUUAAACCAGGCAUGCGGUACUAUUAAAUGCUGCUUGUUCCAAUCCUUGUAUAAGCCCUGUAGAAGAGCGAGGGCUGAAUGCACAACUCCCACAGACUCAGCUGACUUAUUUUCAUUUUGGCAGCAAUAGCACUGAAUGGAACUGAGUGCAGAAGAGCCUGCAUAUUCUGAAGACACCAACCAUGUACAGCCUUGCUGGAGAAAGGCCGACUGGACAGGAUGCUGAACCCUGCUCUCGUCCUCUGUCCCAGGCCCGUGUAUACUUGGAGCAGAUCCGAAGCCGAGUGUCUCCCAGCAUGCAGGAGGGCCAGGCAACCAGAAGCAUAGCCACCAAACGAGACUAUCUUGUUGAUGCAGCAAAGCAGAUCCGCUUAGCAUUGGACAGAGAGGUCAAUGAGGAUUAUGAAGCUGCAUUUAACUAUUACAAGAAUGGCGUGGACCUGCUCUUGAAGGGAGUGCAAGUUGAUCCAAAUAAAGAGCGCCGCGAAGCUGUGAAACGAAAAACAACCCAGUAUUUGAAGCGAGCCGAGGAAAUAUUCAACUCUCACUUACAGGGAAGCUUAGGAAAUGGUACCGACGAUUCUGGGGGUUUCAGUAGCCUGAGAUUUCGGCCAAAUAGAAUUCUCAGCUCUCCAGUAGAAGAUCUGAAAAUGUCCAAGGUCAUAGCGAUCAUCGACAAGGUGCUGUUGGUGCAGAAUCCAUCCACGAAUGAGCCUUUCAUUGUCAAAAGCCUGCCCAAAUGUAGUCUGGUGAAUCGUGAACGUCAGACGAUAAUUCCACAGGGUGUUCCAUUUAUGGUGCGACUUCUGCAGUAUUAUGUCAGUGAUGAUGCAGUCCUCCUUCACCUGGAGCAUGUACCAGCAGGGAAGCUCUGGCCUCAGCUGCGGCACUCCUGUCUGUCCAUCACAGAAAAAGGCAUGGAAUUUCCAGAAUGCUCCAGUCCGAAUCACAAAACCAUUAAACUGAAGAACAGCUACACCGCUCCCUCUCUCUCAUCCAUGUAUAAUGACAAUUCCAUACUUACAUCCAACAGCGAGAGGGAUUGGCAAAGGGAGACCAAGACUGAAACAAAUAAGGAAUAUGACAAAUAUGGGUACAGCACUGAUGGUAUCAGUAACCCACAAUUGAGGACACAACAAAGGCUUGUGAAUGACCAGUCAUCAAACCAAAUAAAUGGCAGAGACCAACUAAAUACACAGAAUGAAAGUGUGAACAAGGCAAACAUUUGGCAGGGAAAAAAUGGAAUUUCAAAAGGUUGCAUAGGAUUGAAUGGCUUGAGGGGGAAUGUUGAGGGGACAAGUUUGCAGGUAACACAGCUGAUAUACAGUGAUCAUGUAAACUUUGAUCUCACUGCCUUGCUUUCAGAAAAGGAUGCUGAGUUGACUCAUAGCAGUAAAACUGUGAACCACGCCAUGACCAUAACUGUGGACCGUUUGCUGCAAAAAGACCUUCAAAGUGAAAAUAGUCAGCUUCUCUACGAGGGUAAGAUUUUACGGCCCCAUGAUUGUUUCUUGGAGACUAAAAGCUCCAAUACCACAUUGAGCCCAAAGUUAUCAAAAACUCACCAAAGCCAAGCAGCUUCAGAUUUGUUGAAAGAAAAGGCCUUGUUGGUUAAUGAGGAAUCUUGGCAUGGAUCUAGCCCAAUUAGAAGUCCUGUUAGAGCCACCAGCUUGAACUUGAAGGCUAGCAGAAGGCAAGGGCAAAGGGGUUCAUACCAAAUUACAGUCAAUCCUUUGGAUACAAUUGAGAAUAGUAGUAAAGUCAGCUGUGUUAUGGAUAAUUCUGAGCUAGUCCUUGUGGGAUCAUCGUCUGCCAUGCCUGUGAGAAAUACAGCUGUCACUGUCUUGGGAAGGGGACAAUCAGAGCAGAAGACUUCAGUAAGUGUACUUAGUCCUGUACAGAAACCUAAUGCACUCUUGAUAUCAUCUUUACCUGUAAUUGAGCCGCCAACAAAGUCAUUAAAAUUAAAAGGUAUCUCAACUAAUGAAGUGGAAGUAUUGAAUUUUGAAGGUGAGAAUCCUGAGAGGAUUGACCAUCAGCUUAAACUUCUGAACCAGAUUCCAGUCUCCGAAAUUUGCUGUGACCACGAGAACUGCAACUCCAGAGCUAUUUUGAGCAAAACUUGUCUUUGCAGAGCUGAAAAUGGAAGGUCUUCAAACAGGAUUUCAGGGUCUUUAGCCCCUGACAAAGCAGAAGAUGAGGAGACUUCAUCUCUUACACCUCAGCAUCCAAAAGCUGAACUGUCCAUCCCAAGCCAGGCCUCCUUUGGUCUGUCUGAGGAUCAAAUUAGAAUCUGGGCGGCUGAGAUGGUUCUCGCCUUGGAAAGUCUACAUCAGCAGGGAAUUAUAUGUCUGGAUCUAAACCCAAGAAAUAUACUUGUGGAUAAUGCAGGUCAUGUUUGCCUCACGUACUUUGGUCAAUGGAGUGAAGUUGAAGUUCAGUGUAGCACUAAAGCCGUAGAGGAUAUGUAUUGUGCACCAGAGGUCGGUGGGGUUGGAGGAGUAACGGAGGCCUGUGACUGGUGGAGCCUUGGAGCUUUGUUGUUUGAACUUCUAACUGGGAUGACCCUGUCUCAGUGCUACCCCUCCAGAAUCCAUCCUCACACCCAGCUCCGACUCCCAGACCAUCUCAGUCCUGCAGCGGUGUCACUUCUCCAGCAGUUGUUACAGUGGAAUUAUCACUGCCGGCUUGGUUCAGGAGAGAAUGGAACACAGGAGAUAAAAUCGCACUCCUUUUUCAGCUCUGUACAGUGGAACAAGCUGAAUGGUUAUAGAUGAGGCACGUUGCCUGACCUAAUGACUAGCAACAGCAGCUGGGAUGGAGAACCGAGCAGAUCGGUGAACCUGUAAACCUACACUGACCCACAAGCAAUUGCAGCAACCAUGAGCAACAGCAGGAGGAUGAUCCAUGUACUAAAUCAUGUCCAUUAAUUGUAUCAGAAAUGUUUAGCUGUGGUUUGCUUGCAACCACACUUGUUCAAUUCAUCCAAUCGGUCUUGGAUUUCUGUAUCUUUUUUCCCUUGCAGGUACAAAAGCCAGAAGUUCAUGGGAAAAGGGAGGUGGGAUUUUGUCCAUCAAAUGAAAAUGCACUUGCAUAUUUUGGGGAUAAAAAAGCACAAUUUAAAAAAAAAAAAAAAUUAGUGGCUUCCAGCUGUAUGAAAUCUUGCUUUGGGAAGCCCAUUAUUUUUUUCCCUCCUGUCACAUGAGGAAUUGUCUAACCGAUGGCAUGCUGGAGAUCAGGCAAUUCGGACCUUUAGUGGUGAGAAGAGGCUCCUGGUCAAGUACCCCACAAGAUUGCAUGUUGAGCCUCCAACAGUCCCUGCCACCAAGCUGCUCGUAUUUUUAAACACCCUUCAGAACCUUUUUAACAAAAAGCGUUAAAAUAAUUCGAUUCAAAUGUGUGCAAGUGAAUGGGGGGGCGGGGGAUGCUGUAUUGUGACUGCUAUUUGUGGUACUGACACAUUACAAAAGUUAAUCUCAUACUGAUCUGGAACUGAAAGCUUGUGGUUAGACCUCUUUGAUCCUUUCAUUACUUGGAUCAUUCUCCUUGGUCGAUUGUUUAAACAGAUGAAGAGAAUUGUUAUUAAUGACACUAAUACAAGUGACCAUCCUUUGCUAUCCUUCCAGUUUCAUAUUCACUCUCCUUUUCAGGACAAGUGUAAACAACUGUCAUGAAUUUUUUUUAAAGAUAAUGUAUUGCCAGGAAAGGAUCCAGCAAAAUGUUUUUACCUAAGUUCUGUAAUCUGUCUUGCAUAUAUUUCAGGGACAGCCUAACCAUUCAUCCUUGUCUGGUAAACUAGGGUUUGUUAAUCUUGUGUAAAUCUGCUGUAUGCUCUGGAGUCCUGUUGGCUUCUGUAAUGGGGAAUUAUCCAGUUAAUGCCUGGUAUAGUAAUGGUGCAUGUCUUUGUACUCUGCCCUAAUGUUUGCCAUAACAACAUGUCUGUUGCAGUGGUUUCACGUUUUGCAUUACUGUAAAGUAUGCCUCGUCUCUUGCUGGGUAUCAAAAUUAUUUGUAAUGUUCACAAUUGUCUUGUUCCAGGGGCUUGGUAUCCCCUACUGAAAACUAAUGGAUGAAAAGAAGUUAACAGCACUGCGCUAGGUAAUUGGUUUCAUGGCUACCUUUUGGUUAAGAGGUAAUCUACCUACCUCCAGUUGUGGGCAGACAUUUGCUGAGCUAACUGCAUCUCCCUCUUCUCUGCUUUUGUUUGUUUUAGCUGAAUGUCCAUGGUUUGUUCAUGAAUCAGGAGCUUAUGCUAUCUUGUAGUGACAGGAGUGUUAACUAUGCAAUGCAUGGUGUAUUAUUCUGCUGCUAAGUUUGUUAAAGCUGUCCUUUUAAGAUGACAAAAGCUAAUUGCUGUUGCUGAGGGAUAUUUGUUGAUUGACAGCUGCUUGUAAAUUGGCAUAAAGAAACUUUUUAAUAUA